AUGGUGGUAGAGCUAUUGCGGCUGGAAUAUAUUUUCUUUCUCUUCCACAGUCAUCAUGUCGCAGCAACCGUCAGGACAACGCAUGUACCAGUCAAGAGUCCGUCAUUGUCCUCGCCUUCGUCGUUGUCUAUAUUAACUCUUCGUGUUCAUAGUUGCCCCCAUAUUCGGGAAACAUGUCGAAAUCGGGCUGCCCAUCCGCGCAUGGACGUCCUUUAUCUAACAAAUGCUGAAGUCGAGCGCUUCAACGGAUGCGGUUUCUGCAAGUGGGCACAUACGGAUCCCCCUCCUCCUCCACAUGAAGCCGGUUAUAAGAAUCGCGGAUGGCCAGGGUGUUGCCGGCCACCAAGCUCCAGUGAAUACGACCUCAUAGAGAUCGAGAAUUGGCCGGCAGUCGCUAUCGUGCACGACGUUCCAAUACCCCGACAUCUAGAGGCGAUAUUAAAGUCACUCCCUCUUCCAUCGAAAAUGGCUCAACCGCUAUCUCCAGGAGGCCGUAGCCCGCCCUCGAAAGCGUCGACUCCGUCUACAAUUCGCAAGAGUACUGGUGGGACCACCCCUUCCAAGCCCAGCGUCCUAUCGACUAAGGCUAUGAACACACCUUCGCACAGCCGUGGCAGAAGUCCCCACGCGACGUCACCAGUCGCGAACGUUCCGCGGACACCCAGCAGUACAGCAAUCUCAUCCUCUGUACCAUCGUCUUCCUCGAUGGACACAAUUCGCCGUAAAUCUGGUACAUCGGGAACAUCUGAGAGGCGCUUAGAGGGCGUGCAAUCUGCGCAUUCUUCUCCUGGAAGGAAAUCUAUUGAAAUAGAGAAUCCCGUCUCUCCACGUCGUGUAUCAAGUGUUCGCAGGCCAACCUUGACUCCAGCGACGACCUCUGUCUCUGUCUCGAAGAUUGUCGCUGGGGAUAGCCGUGCUCCCAGAGCCCCCACAGUCCAAGAUAAUUCUAGCAAACCCAGGCCUUCUAUCUCCACAUCUCCGAGCCGACAACAAACACCUAGAAUUCCGGAACCAGUCACAUUCCUUGCACCGCGCCCAUCCAAGACUACCGACGAUUGUGGCGCAUCAAGUAGCAGUGGCAGCAGUGACGGUGUCGGCUCUUUAUCAGAUAGUACUAUCACAUCGGAUGGUGGAUUUACUGAUUAUCUAUCCGAUGAAUCUGAGGCAGAAUUGCAAAGGCAAGCGGAGGCCAAGGCGAUCGUGAUGGCGCAGAAUCUUCAAGAGGAGAACGAAUUCAAGAUGGCAAGACAGCAGCUAGCGCACAUCGACCUGCGGCCACCCAAAUCAUGGAACCCUACAAAUUCACCCAAGAAGUUGACUAUUUAG